AUGACCACCACAGCAGUCUUCGGCUCGACCGGCCUCGUCGGCAGCAACAUCCUCUCCACGCUGCUCAGCUCCGACCUCUACGCCGCAGUCGUGCACACCGUCUCCCGCCGCGCCCCAAAGGCCGACUCCCCCAAGCUGCACGCCACCGUCGACGCCGAGUCCGACAAAUGGCCCGAGAAGCUCUCGUCGCUGGACCCCGUGCCCACCACCGUCUACUCGGCGCUGGGCACCACGCGCGCCGCAGCCGGCGGCAUCGCCAACCAGUGGAAGAUCGACCACGACCUCAACGUCGAGAUCGCCAAGGCGGCCAAGGCGGCGGGCGUCAAGACGUUCGUCUUCAUCUCGUCCGCCGGCGUGCGCGGCAUGCUGUCCGGCGCCGCGCCCUACAGCAAGAUGAAGGUCGGCGUCGAGGACGCCAUCAAGGAGCUCGACUUUGAGCACGCCGUCAUCGUGCGCCCCGGCCUGAUCCUCGGCGAGCGCGAGGUCCCCAAGACGCCCUGGAUCAACGGCCUCGUGCACAAGCUCGGCCAGGGCAUGCAGGACUCGUUCGCCGCCGAGGCCGACGUCAUUGCGCGCGCGGCCGUCGCGGCGGCGAAGCUCGCCGAGGAUGGCAAAGCACCCGAGAAAUACUGGGUGGUGGACCAGAAGGCGGUGAUACGCCUGGGCAGGACAGAGUGGAAAGAAUAG